UAUGGAAGCCUACGACGCCUAGCCCCCUCACCCUAGCCGUAGGCCCGUAGCUACCUGCGCCUCCUAUAUAUGCCUGCCUGCCCUGCGCCCCUGCCUCGCCAAGAUCAACCAAAUUGCUAGCUAACCCACGGCGAAGGGGAGCGCGAGCGCAGGAAGCUAGCGUGCGGAUCGGAGGAAGGAGGAGCAAGAGCAACGCGAUGGGGCGCCGCAAGGUCUCCAUGGGGCUGAUCCCCAACCGCCAGCAGCGGGCCGGCACGUUCGCCAAGCGGAGCGAGGGGCUCAAGAAGAAGGCGUACGAGCUCUCCGUGCUCUGCGGCGUCGACGUCGCGCUCGUCGUCGCCGCCGCCGCGGGGGACGGCGGCGGCGGCGCGGCGGCGGACGUGUGGGAGUCCAGGGAGGGCGUGCUGGCCCGGUACCGCGCGCUGGGCGCCGAGGCGCGCGCGCGGCACACGCACCGGGCGUACCUCGGCGCCGAGCUCGGCAAGGCGGAGGCCAAGCUUGCCCGGGUGCGCCAGGGCGGGCCCGACGCGCUCGCCCGCUGGGACAGGGCGCUGGACGGCGUCGCCACGGAGGAGGAGGCGCGGCGGGUGCUCGACGCCCUCGACGCCGCGAUACGCGCCGCGGAGGACAGGCGGAGGGCGCUCGGCCUGCCGCCGGUCGACGACGACGCUGAGGACGGGGUCGCGCCGCUCAACUUCGCCGCCGCCGGCCACGACUACGGCCUGCAGAACGCGUCAGGCUGCGGCGCCAACAGCGACCAGCUGGCCAUGUGGGGCGGCAACGGCUUCCACUUCCAGCAGGGCGGCGCCGCCGACAUGCAGCACACGGGGUACGCCUUCCAGCAGCAAUACACCACCACCGGCGGCAGCUACCACCCGCAGAUCGCGCCGAACAUGUAUAGCAACGACGGCGACAACAACAACGGCCACCUCGCCGACGCCUACCAGCCGCGCGAUCCCAUGCAGCAGCACGGCUACGGCUUCCACUGCCCCGACGCCAGCUACUUCGCCGUGCCCCCCAUGUGGAGCGCCGACGAGCCGCGCCACGACAUGCUGCUGCUCGAGUACCCCUCCGCCGACGACGCCGGCCUCAACUACGCGGACACUCCGGCGGCACGCGGUGCCCAGGGCGUCGGCGGCAGCUGCUUCGCCAGCGGCAACUUCGUCUACUCGCCACCAGCACUCUCCCUCGCCAUGAACACCACCGCCGGCGACUUCGUCAACAACGCGCCAUCAGCAGCAGCAGCCGCCUCCUAUACCAUGGGCGGCAGCGGCGACAACUUCACCAACGCGAUGCCAGCCCAGCCCCUCGCCAUGAGCUACGGUGGCGACCUGACGAUUGCCAGCAGGUACGCGGCGCAGUGGCAGGCACCCCCGAACCCCCAGCGCGCCGGCGGCGACCAGAGGCCCAGCAUCGAGCAGCUGCAUUACCUCAGCGACCUGGAAGACACGCAGCGCCACCUCUGUGGAAACUAACCUUCCUUCCACACACAGACACACUCCAAUUAGUAGUUACACACUUUAGCAAGUAGCGUCCGCCUGGAGUCAUAGAGAUUAGAGAGUCCAUCAAGUUAGUCAGUUUUGUACCGUCUGCUUGGUUACCUUGAUAAGGAGCAGUUCUUUUGUUACCAUUUAGGGAAUCGGUCAAUUUAGGAUUCAGGAGUUUUAUGAG